AAACUCUCAAAAAUAAAAAUCUGACACACACUCUCGCUCCUUCUUCCUAUUGGGUCAUUUGCUUUGCCUUGCCUUUGUCUUGGUAUAAAAAAAGAGCGAAAAAUAAUGGCGGUUGGGUGUUCAUUGAUUGAGCCAAAAUAGAGAGAGAGAGGGGUAAAGCAGCAGUAGCAGCAAGCAGAACCAUCAACUCCAGCAGUAGCACUAUUUCCGUUACUGGAAACAACUGCCCAAGCCCAUAAAAUCUUCUCCAUAUACAUAUAAAUAUAUAUAUACCUGUCUUUAUAUGGUUAUAGCUAUAUAUUCUCUGUUAAGGUCUUAAUGUAUGUUUAAAGUGGUUGCUGUUGUUGCAUGCUCAUAACUUGAUCUGCAAAUGCUUUGUACUUGAGUUUCUUACUUGUACUAGGUUGGGUUUUGCUCGUGUAAUAAGAUCUGGGUUUCUUUUAAAUAGUUCUUAGGAAAGUAAUAUUUGGUAAUUUCAAGUGAGAUCUAUUGCUGUUUUAUGAGUUCUGGAUUUUGGGUCUUGCUGGGUUUGUUCUCAAGUGCUUGGUUGGCUCUGGACGUUUGCUCAUCUGAUUGCUGAAAUCAUUACCUCACAAUCUGGUUGGCUUUUUCUAGAGAAGCACGCGCGGAGAUUCUUUUUUCUUUUUUGGAGCUGGAAUGUGGGGUUCCAUUUGUUGAAGAUUUGUAUAGUUUUAGCGCUUUUGUUCAGUGAUUAGUCAAGUUGGGGGUUGUGGGUGAAGCAAGUAGCAAGCGGAUGUGGCUGAAAUCGAUAGUCUUUUGUAGCAACACCGGCUUCGGUUGAGGAUUCAGGAAGUGGGUUUUGCUGUUGUUUGUUUUCAAAUGAAGUUCAUACUGAAUAUCUUUUGACUUCCGUGCUUCACUGAUGCUUGGACACCAAAUUUUUUCAAUCUGGAUUGUUGUUUGAAGGGGAAGGAAAAAGGGGAAGGUAUGGUGGUAUUGGGCGGGGAGAAGCCAGUGAAGAGAGUAAUUGUUGAAUGGUUUUGCUGGUUUAAUUGGUGUGUUUAAGAGUGGUUUUUUGGAUCUUUUUGGUUGUGGGUCUGAACUUGGUUCUGAAGGCGUUAUUACAUCUCUGUAACAAUGAGGUUAUCUUCAGUUGGUUUUAAUCCACAGACCCAGGAAGGGGAGAAACGGGUUUUGAAUUCUGAACUUUGGCACGCAUGUGCGGGUCCUCUGGUUUCUCUGCCUGCUGUUGGAAGUCGUGUUGUUUAUUUCCCGCAGGGCCACAGUGAGCAGGUUGCUGUGUCAACCAACAAAGAAGUGGAUGCCCAUAUCCCUAACUACCCAAGCUUACCUCCGCAACUUAUAUGUCAGCUUCACAAUGUGACCAUGCAUGCAGAUGUUGAGACAGAUGAAGUGUAUGCACAGAUGACCUUGCAGCCUCUGAGUCCUCAAGAGCAGAAGGAUGCCUACCUUCCAGCGGAAUUGGGCGCCCCCAGCAAACAGCCGACAAAUUAUUUUUGUAAAACUUUGACAGCUAGUGACACAAGUACGCAUGGAGGAUUCUCUGUCCCUCGCCGGGCUGCUGAAAAAGUGUUUCCUCCACUGGACUUUUCACAGCAACCCCCAGCUCAAGAGUUGAUUGCCAGGGAUCUACAUGAUAAUGAAUGGAAAUUCAGGCAUAUCUUUCGAGGCCAGCCCAAAAGACAUUUACUUACAACUGGUUGGAGUGUGUUUGUAAGCGCUAAAAGACUUGUGGCUGGGGAUUCAGUCCUUUUUAUCUGGAAUGAAAAGAAUCAAUUGUUGCUUGGUAUCCGACGUACUAAUCGUCCUCAAACUGUGAUGCCUUCAUCAGUCUUAUCAAGUGACAGCAUGCACUUAGGGCUUCUUGCUGCUGCGGCUCAUGCAGCUGCAACAAACAGCCGUUUCACUAUAUUCUACAACCCAAGGGCUAGCCCAUCAGAGUUUGUCAUACCAUUGGCCAAGUACUUUAAAGCAGUCUAUCAUACCCGGGUUUCUGUUGGUAUGCGCUUUAGGAUGCUAUUUGAAACAGAAGAAUCAAGUGUCCGUCGUUACAUGGGUACAAUAACUGGCAUAAGUGACUUGGAUCCUGUAAGGUGGCCUAAUUCACAUUGGCGCUCAGUCAAGGUUGGCUGGGAUGAGUCCACAGCUGGAGAGAGGCAACCAAGAGUUUCUCUAUGGGAAAUUGAACCAUUAACAACAUUCCCAAUGUAUCCAUCUCCAUUCCCUUUAAGGCUUAAGCGCCCUUGGCCACCUGGACUGCCCUCAUUCCAUGGAAUCAAGGAUGACGAUUUUGGAAUGAAUUCUCCCCUUAUGUGGCUGCGAGGAGAUGGAGAUCGCGGGAUUCAAUCUAUGAGCUUUCAGGGACUAGGAGUAACACCAUGGAUGCAGCCAAGGGUCGAUGCUUCUAUGCUUGGUUUGCAAACUGACAUGUACCAAGCUAUGGCUGCUGCUGCCCUCCAGGAGAUGAGGGCUAUUGAUCCUUCCAAAUCAUCAACUACAUCCCUUUUGCAAUUCCAGCAACAUCCUAACCUCCCCAGCAGGACUGCUGCAUUGAUGCAGCCCCAGAUGUUGCAGCAGCCUCAAUCUCAACAGGCCUUUCUUCAAGGUGUUCAAGAAAAUCAACAUCAGCCUCGGACUCAGGUCCAAACACAGUCACACCUAGUUCAGCAACAGUUGCAUUCUCAGCACUCACUAAAUGGUCCACAGCAACAGCCGCAGCAGCAACAACAGCAUCCUCUGUCACAACAGCAACUCGUUGAGCAUCAGCAGAUUCCAAAUGUCGUCUCUGCAAUGUCUCAAUUUGCUUCAGCCUCUCAAUCCCAGUCACCACCAUUGCCCGCCAUCUCUUCUCUGUGCCAGCAGCAGAGUUUCUCCGAUUCAAAUGGGAACCCUGUGACAAGCUCUGUUGUUUCUCCUAUGCAUAGUCUCAUUGGUUCAUUUUCCCAGGAUGAAUCAACUCAUUUGAUCAACCUGCCUAGAACAAGUGCCUUGAUAACUUCUUCUGCCUGGCCAUCUAAGCGAGCUGCAGUUGAACCUCUUAUUUCUUCAGGAGCUCCACAAUGCGUUCUGUCCCAAGUGGAACAGUUGGGGGGCCCUCAGACAAACAUAUCUCAGAGUUCUGUUUCAUUACCUCCCUUCCCUGGUAGAGAGUGUUCAAUAGACCAAGAAGGUGGCACUGAUCCACAAAGCCAUCUUCUAUUUGGUUUUAAUAUAGAGCCUUCAUCUCUUCAAUUGCAGAGUGGAAUGUCCAGUCUUAGGGGAGUUGGCAGUGAUUGUGAUUCCACAACUAUUCCAUUCUCUUCUUCAAAUUACAUGAGUACUACAGGCACUGAUUUUUCGCUUAACCCAGCAAUGACACCGUCGAGUUGCAUUGAUGAAUCAGGUUUCCUGCAGUCCCCAGAGAAUGUGGGCCAAGUAAACCCACCAACUAGAACCUUUGUUAAGGUUUACAAGUCGGGGUCCUUCGGUAGGUCGCUGGACAUUACCAAAUUCAGCAGUUACAAUGAGUUACGGAGUGAACUGGCUCGUAUGUUUGGCCUUGAAGGCCAGCUGGAGGACCCUUUGAGAUCAGGCUGGCAGCUUGUAUUUGUUGACCGGGAGAAUGAUGUUCUCCUCCUCGGUGAUGACCCCUGGCCGGAAUUUGUAAACAGCGUGUGGUGCAUCAAAAUACUCUCACCACAAGAAGUGCAGCAAAUGGGCAAACGUGGUCUAGAGCUUCUGAAUUCAGUCCCAAUUCAGAGGCUUUCUAAUGGCAGUUGUGAUGAUUAUGCAAGCCGGCAGGACUCAAGAAAUUUGAGCACCGGUAUAACUUCUGUGGGGUCUUUGGACUACUGAUCAACUUAACCAGUUAAGAUACCACUUUCUCUUUUGUAAUAUUAGUUCUGUUUGGACCCUUCCAGAGGUGGACGUACUGGCUAAUCCUAGCUUAAAAUUAUAUAUAUAAGUUAUUACUGUAAUUAGAAGAUGCUAUUCCUUCUUUCUAUGGUAUUGAAUACAUACAAUCCAUAAUUAGUAGGAGUCGAUAUUUUGUGGACUUAGCUGUUUGUUUUUUGUUAUUUUACAGUCAAUUUAUGAUGAGAAAAAGUUGAUUGUAGGAUGAA